UCCGCAUCCCUGCGCCGCCACCCGCAGCCUCGCCCGGCCGUGUGUGCCUGUGGGUGACCCCCUCCCCUCCCCAAAACCCACCCUCCCCAGGGCGCUGCGCCCCCCGCCCCGGCACGGAGACAUGGCCCCCAUCGGACUCAAGGCUGUGGUGGGAGAGAAGAUUAUGCACGAUGUGAUCCGGAAAGUGAAGAAGAAGGGGGAAUGGAAGGUGCUGGUGGUGGACCAGCUCAGCAUGCGGAUGCUCUCCUCCUGCUGCAAGAUGACAGACAUCAUGACAGAGGGCAUAACCAUCGUGGAAGACAUCAACAAGCGCCGGGAGCCGCUGCCCAGCCUGGAGGCCGUUUAUCUCAUCACCCCCUCUGAGAAGUCCAUCCACUCCCUCAUCAACGACUUCAAGGAUCCCCCCACCUCCAAGUACAGAGCUGCCCACGUCUUCUUCACUGACUCCUGUCCCGAUGCUCUGUUCAACGAGCUGGUGAAGUCCCGCGCCGCCAAGGUCAUCAAAACCCUGACGGAGAUCAACAUUGCCUUCCUCCCCUCUGAGUCCCAGGUUUACUCCCUGGAUUCAGCCGACUCCUUCCAGAGCUUUUACAGCCCCCACAAGGCGCAGAUGAAGAACCCGAUCCUGGAGCGGCUGGCGGAGCAGAUCGCCACGCUCUGUGCCACGCUCAAGGAGUACCCAGCCGUGCGGUACCGGGGGGAUUACAAGGACAAUGCCAUGCUGGCACAGCUCAUCCAGGACAAGCUGGAUGCCUACAAGGCUGAUGACCCCACCAUGGGCGAGGGUCCAGACAAGGCUCGCUCCCAGCUCCUCAUCCUGGACCGUGGCUUUGAUCCCGCUUCCCCGGUGCUGCACGAGCUGACCUUCCAGGCCAUGAGCUACGACCUGCUGCCCAUCGAGAACGAUGUCUACAAGUACGAGACAAGUGGCAUUGGAGAGGCCCGGAUUAAGGAGGUCCUGCUGGAUGAGGAUGAUGACCUGUGGGUCACCCUGCGCCACAAACACAUCGCUGAGGUGUCCCAGGAGGUGACCCGGUCCCUGAAGGAGUUUUCUUCGAGCAAGAGGAUGAACACGGGUGAUAAGACCACCAUGAGAGACCUGUCCCAGAUGCUGAAGAAGAUGCCACAGUACCAAAAGGAGCUCAGCAAGUACUCCACCCACCUGCACCUGGCUGAGGACUGCAUGAAGCACUACCAGGGCACCGUGGACAAGCUCUGCAGAGUCGAGCAGGACCUGGCCAUGGGCACCGAUGCCGAGGGUGAGAAGAUCAAGGACCCCAUGAGGGCCAUCGUCCCCAUCCUGCUGGAUGGGAAUGUCAGCACCUACGACAAGAUCCGCAUCAUCCUGCUCUACAUCUUCCUGAAGAACGGUAUCACCGAGGAGAACCUGAACAAGCUGAUCCAGCACGCCCAGAUCCCAGCAGAGGACAGCGAGAUCAUCACCAACAUGGCCCACCUCGGGGUGCCCAUCAUCACAGACUCCACCCUGCGCCGCCGCAGCAAGCCCGAGCGGAAGGAGCGGAUCAGCGAGCAGACCUACCAGCUCUCCCGAUGGACCCCGGUGAUCAAGGACAUCAUGGAGGAUGCCAUCGAUGACAAGCUGGACACCAAGCACUACCCGUACAUCUCCACCCGCUCCUCCGCCUCCUUCAGCACCACUGCCGUCAGCGCCCGCUACGGCCACUGGCACAAGAACAAGGCUCCUGGCGAGUACCGCAGCGGGCCCCGCCUCAUCAUCUUCAUCCUGGGCGGGGUGAGCAUGAACGAGAUGCGCUGCGCCUACGAGGUGACACAAGCCAGCGGCAAGUGGGAGGUGCUAAUAGGUUCUACUCACAUUCUCACUCCCACCAAAUUUCUCAUGGACCUGAGGCACCCCGACUUCAGGGACUCCACUAGGGUAUCAUUUGAGGAUCAGGCUCCAGCAAUGGAGUGAGCCAAAGAAAACCAAGGUCCACGCACAUCCUCACCCCACAGAAACUGCUGGACACGCUGAAGAAACUCAAUAAAACAGAGGAAGAGAGCAGCAGUUAAAAGGAAACGCCGUCACCACUCGAUGCCGACCCACGUCCCCGCCGGGUGCCCGGCCCCGGGUGCCACCCUGCACCCAGCGGGCACAGCUUCUCUCUUGUUCUUGUGUUGACCCCUCCCCUCCCACUGCCUCCCCCUCCCCCCCCACAUCUCAUUUUAUCCACAGGGAGGGGACAACAGCCAAAAAAAAAAAAUAAUAUAUAUAUAUAUAUUAAGAAAAUGGAUGCAUUGUGUUUAAGAGAAAAAGGAAAAAAAAAAAUCUAUAUAUUUGUAGCUGCAGCUGUGGGAAGCGCCCAGGAGCUCAUUGCUGAGUAACCAUCUGCCCAUUGCUAGUGAAUGUGGUGGGAAAAUAGUGGGAAAACACCGUUUUUUUGGGGGGAAGUUGCUCCUCGUUGGGGUCCUUUGAGGGUGGAAGGAUGGAUGGACGGACACCCCACAUCGCUCCAGCCGGCGCUGGAUGGGGGGUCCCCACCACCAUCUGCUGUCCCACGGCUUUUUGGGGUGGUGGGAGCCCCUGCCAGCUGUGCCCAGGGGUAGGUGGGAGGUGUGAGGGGGGUGCAGCCGGGAGGCUUCGCACUGUGGUGAUUCCCACGUGAAAAGGGACCAAAACGGUCAAAACUCGGAGAUCUGGCUCGUUCGCUUGCACGGCCACUGCUCUGCCCUGCUCAGCCUGACGUCUGCCUCUCUGGGGACUCCUUGAAAAAUAUAUAUAUAUAUAAAAAAUUAAUUUUAUAUAUAUAUAUAUAUAUAGAAUAUCUACCCAUGGAUACCUCUCCAGCCAUCCCAAAGGAAGCUCAGUGCCCCGUGCCCGGCCCCGCUCGUGUCGUCCCGUGGUGAAGCGUUUCUGAGCGUGCCGUCGCCCCGAGGCCCCCCCCACCCCAAAAAACCUUCUGGGCCCCUUUCCCAAACCCUUUGGGGCCUCCCCGACCCUCUGAGCCCACACCCCGAACCCUCCAGACCUCCCCAACCCUUCAGCCCCCCCAAACCCUCCAAGCCCCGCCCCAGAACCCUCUGGACUCUGUGUAUAUUAAUGACUGUGUCUCGUGACGUUCUUACAAGCUUGGUGUAUAGUGAUUUCCCCAAACCUUUUGAUUUUAAUUGGUUUGUUUUUUAUUUUUAUUUUCCACCCCUUGGAUUGCCCCCCCACCCUCCCUUCCCCUGCCAUUAGAUGCACUGCAAUAUUUUGGGGUCUUAUGGUUUUGUUCUCCCUCUCCCCCUGAAGGCUGUGACCCCCUUUUUCCUUCCCCCAGAUUGCUCUUUCUUGCCUCGUUGGUGGUUAGCCCCCCCUUCCCUCCCUGUCUGCUCCUUGCCCAUAAAGUUAAAUAUAUAUUUUUAGGGCAAAGGCUGUAUCAUUGCACUGAUAUUUGUUGGUUCCCCCUCGGUCCUCCCAGCCCGUUUUUGUUCCUUCUUGGUUUUAGCGAUGCAAAUGCUUCAGGAUCUUGUAUGUUGGACAUUAUUAUUAUUAUUAUUAUUUUUUUCUGUUACAGUUAUUUAUAUAAAAAAUAAUUUAUCAAAAAGGAAAACUUAAAAAAAAAAUAAUCUAGUCUGUCUUGGAACUUGUUUACCUUGAAAUUACUGGAAUCUAAAUGUUUGAAAGUGUUGAAGCACAAACAUGUAUCAUCUCUGUAUAUCUGUUCUUCUGUACUAAAGCACUCGAGUGACUAAAUAAAAGCGAUCUCCAUCCCUAGUGCAA